CGACCGCUGUUUAUGAUAGUAGCUUGCUUCUGACCAUGACCAAUACGUUGUGGCUGCGGCAAUUAUUUGAUCGAUUUCAUUCUCUUAGAAUCUUUGCUUUUCGGGACGACAACCGUCUUGAGGACGCGUCCAACCCUCACGCCAAGGCAUCGAUGCCGGCGAUGCCAGAGGAGAAGUCGAUGCUCCGACCGCUGCAGCGACCAGAGACAGAUUCAAGACAGCAGCACGGCUUGACAUCUAAAGACAGCCAGCGAAACGCCACCAAAUCAAGUGCAGAUGCGCCGCCGAGGGAGGGAAUCGAUGCGCAGGAGAUGGAGCAUCAGCGAUACGGAGAGGCGCAGCCGCAGCUUGUGCCGAGCGAUGUGAUUGAGACGAUGAUGAUGGGCAAGGGACGGAGGGCGGAGAGCCUUGGGGGCGUAUAGAUUGAGAUACCAGAGCAGGUUUAUUGUGUUUUUGAGACGGAUAUCGAGAUUGGAUAUAAACAAGAUAUUUUAGAGCGUUGUUGAUUGAUACCAAGGUGGUAAUGAUAUUGUUGGAUUUGCCCAAUUUGGCGCAUUAUUUGCUACAGGGUGGGUCGGUGGGAAUCUAGACGAGCAGAGCAACAGGUGCAAUAUGAGUAGCGAAAUUAUAUUUGGAGAGUAAAUGUUUAUGCUU